UCUCCACCGACGAAACCCCCAACCAGAUCCAGCCAACAUGCCGCCGCCGCCGCCGCUGGAGGAGCUCCAGGAGGAGGUCCUCCUCCGCUUCCCGCGGCACGAGCCCGCGCUCCUCGUCCGCGCCGCCCUCGUCUGCAAGCCCUGGCUCCGCCUCAUCUGCGGCCCCGGGUUCCGGCGCAGGUUCCGCGAGCCCCACCGCACGCCGCCCAUGCUGGGGUUCGUCGGCAACAUCGUGCCCAGUUUGAGUGGGAUUCUAACCGACGCCGACAGACCAUAUUCCUGCUUCGUGCCCACCACGGCCGCCGCCUUCCGCUCGCCGGGCGCCGACCUCCUCCUCUGCCGCGCGCUCGACGCCCGCCACGGCCGUGUCCUCCUCAACUGCCAUAGAAGGGGGGGGGGGGGGGGGGUGCCCCUUCCCCGUCUGCAAGGGCAAGGCUACAUAGUCUGGAUUGCGGCGGUUCUCUGCGGCCGCUGCCAUCACCUCGAUUGCCACCGUGGACCUUUCCUAGUGGUUUACAUGGCCUAUCGUGCUCCUGGGGAGCUGAUCAUCUGCACCUAUUCAUCCGAUGCUGGUACAUGGAGCGACCCAAUUUCCACAGAGCAGCCCACUAGACAUGUCGAUAUGACGCCCAGCGUGCUUGUGGGGAAUGCACUCUACUUCGGGUGUCUGGCCAGCAAAUCACUUGUAAAGUAUGACUUGGAAUCGCACGAAAUGUCUGUAGAUCCACUGCCAUUUACAUACCGCUCGUGGCGGCCUGUCGUGCUCGACAAUGGGCUAGGAUUAGCCACCGUACAUGAAUCCAAGCUCUGCAUGUGGAAGAAGGCUGGUCCUGAAGUGGAUGCUGGGUGGACAGAGAACAGGGUCAUUGAGCUUGAGGCGCUGCUCCCUAGUUAUGCCUUCUUGACCCCACCUGAUGUGGUUGGCUUCGCAGAUGGCAUCGAUGUGAUUUUCUUGAUGGCGGACAGUGUGCUCUAUACAAUUGAUACAAAGACCUAUGAGGUGAAGAAGGUUUUUGAGGGCAAACGCAUCAACUGUGUUAUUCCUUACAUGAGCUUCUUCAUUCCAGGUACAGCUUUGCAUGGAUUUUGGUUUUAUAACAAUGUUAUAAACGAGCAAUAA